AUGGCGGAACUGGAUCCCGAUAUGUACCCGAACAUGGACGAUAUAUGGCAUAUUGAUAAAGCUGAUAAAGAUGACGUUGCUCCGAGUGCAAAGACAGUCUCGAUUGUGUUGCUAUAUCUAGUCGUGCUCUUACUAGGCGUUGCAGGCAAUGCAUUGGUAGCAUCGGUUGUCGUAUUGAACGAGCACAUGCGAAGUGUAACCAACAUGUUCAUUGCUCAAAUUGCUCUUGGUGACAUUAUAAUGCUGCUCCUGGCCAUGCCGUUUGACAUCAUCAGUAAAUACGUGUAUGAAGAUUGGAGUUUUGGCUCUUCAUUUUGCCGGAGUAUGUCUUUCUUUAAGGACUAUUCGUUAGCCGUUACAAUAUUCACUCUGACAGCCAUGAGUAUUGAUAGACUUCUCACCCUCUCCCGUGCAAUGAGGCCAUACAGCAUUCGCACCAUGAAGAAGUUCUUCACAGUAGCUGUCAUCAUUCAAUUGCUCUCAUUGUCUGCAGCUAUUCCAUCGACUAUCUUGAGUGACGUGUGGCGCGAACUCGCUUAUGGACAUUCAAAUGUCAACGCCGUGAAUGCGUCAUCCACACGUGUUUGUAAAGUGAGUGCGAGAUCUUCGAAAUUGCUAAUAGUUUCUGUUUAUCGUCUACUCUUCUUAUACUUUCUGCCUCUUGGAAUUAUCGCCGUCUCGUUCACGAAGAUUAAAUCUUUUCUCAGAUCGACGGAGGCCAAAAUGUUGCUGUCUUCAAAUCAAAAGAUCAUGGUAGCCUGCAAACGGGCGCUAAAAUUACUGCUCACUUUAGUCGGGUUGUAUGCUGCUUUGCUACUACCAACCGUUGUUGAUACCAUAGUCCUGUUCUUAGGUAGCGAUGGGUCAUCAUAUUAUAAUAGUAAAUGGUAUUCACUGUAUGGAUUUCUCAUGGAUACUGCAUUGUAUGGUAUCUGUGUAUAUAAGCCUGUCGUUUACGCCAUCAUGAGUGCAAAUUUUCGACGUGGGUUCCGUGAGCUGACGUGUUGUGUGAAGGGAGGAUCAGAAAAAAGUAUCUUCGACAGCCUCGAUGACACCUCGACACUGGAUACCGAUGAAGUAUGGUUCAACAGUGAUGGCAGCAAAAGUAGCGUACAACACGAUGUGGGUGACAAAGUGUAA